AUGGCGCGCCGGAAGCGGGCAGCUACAUCACGACCACCAGCUCGUUCAUCACGGGGAACCAGAGCUGGCACCAACAACCGAGCGGAUGCAAGUGCGAGUGGACAAGCGUCGUCAGACCAUCCAGUGCCACCCACCCCCCGGAGGUCAGAUCGUAUUCGAAGAGCAGCAGGCACACGAGGGCGGGGGGCUAAUACAGGCAAUCAGCUAGCACAGAAUCCCAAUCUCAGAAGGUCGAGCCGUAUAAGACAUGCCGCAGAGGCACGUCAGCGGGCAGCGAAUGCAAAUAAUGCGGCGAAUGCAGAUAAUACGGCGAAUGCAGAUAAUACGGCGAAUGCAGAUAAUACGGCGAAUGGAGCGAAUGCAGCCAACACUGGCAACGCAGGCAACGCAGGCAACGCAGGCAACGCAGGCAACGCAGGCAACGCAGGCAACGCAGGCAACGCAGGCAACGCAGGCAACGCAGGCAACGCAGGCAACGCAGGCAACGCAGGCAACGCAGGCAACGCAGGCAACGCAGGCAACGCAGGCAACGCAGGCAACGCAGGCAACGCAGGCAACGCAGGCAACGCAGGCAACGCAGGCAACGCAAGCAAUGAAUCGCCAUUGGGCACCCUGCCUCCAGCAAGGCCAUCCGACGCUACUCUAAGAGGCCUCCUCAGUGCAGGACCUGUAGUCGAAAAUCUAUUCGUCUACAUGAACGAAUGGGACCGUCAUAGCCUCAUUUAUGCCAUGCCAUCCUUGCGUGAUGCCCUUCGUCAUCCCUGCAUCCGCCCUCGUUUCAGAUGCCAGAACAUCCCAGAUCUUGCUGCGCUGAAGCUGCCAAACCCCCAGGCCCGCAGACAACUUAUAACAACACGCAACCAGUCCCCACGGGUUCCCUGCACUACUCCAGCCCGCGCUCCUCCCGGGCCCAAUGUCCCUGCGCGUCUGCGCCGCGAAGCGCUUGUCCGAAUCCGCAACUGUCAAGGUCACGCACUUGGUUAUACUGCUCACGGCGACCACCGCAAUCCCCAUGGACAGUAUUUCUGGGUAUGCGAGCUCUGCGCCUGCAAAGCAUGGGAGUGUCGGAGUGUCCUCCGUGCCCCUCGCGCAGUAGAUUUGUGUCUUCACUGCUCGCGCCAGCGUCGUCUAAUCCAGCCCAAUCCUGAUACGGACCACUGCAUGUGCCUCUGGGAUCAAUCAGCAGACAAAAUCCAUCUCUGCACCGACUGCCGCGGCAUCAAAUCGUUGCUUGAUAGCGCAGCGAUAAUGGGGUGGGUGAACGCGCACCCUAUGCAGCCCAUACACAGUCCAGCCGUAUUGUAUGUAAGCGACUAUAUCGACGAGCAUCAGUCCAGAGGCGAAUCUGAUUGUAUCUGCGGAAGGAGUCCGCGUAUCAAGAAUCUAAGUCACGCACUCGCUGCACCGGUAUGGAGGAACACGUUUGACGAUUUGGUAAGAAUCUGUUCCUUCUGCAACAAGCAGAGGUUUAUCAUCCACAACAUACAUGCAUAG